GAUUCUCUCCUCUUUGUACAGCCUGGUUCGCAGUUCCAGCCUCGUCAUCCUCGUCCUCCUCGGCAUCACCAUGGCUACUCAGCUCCACAGCCAGCUGCCGACAUGCGAGCGCUCAGCUCCUGGAUCAAUCAAUAUUCGCCCAGCCGAAUUUCCCAAAUCUGCGUCUCCUCCGCCUGCAGAUCUCGAUCCCAACCAGACUGCCCAGAGAUUGGUCUUGGCGUUGAAUGAAGCACUUGCCAAGGGAGACUACGCAGCAGCCUCGAGGCUCUUUGCCGAUCAAGGCUUCUGGCGAGACCACUUGGCCCUGACGUGGGAGUUUCGCACAGCUCAAGGACCCGAAGCUAUUCAGGGUCUGUUGGAAACGAGUUCCCAGUCCAAAGAUGGCUUUCGCCUGAAGGAAGUUGCUCUCGACACGAGCUCUGACGUGCGGUCACCUCGAGUUGCGCCUCUCGACGGAGAAGGCGAGGUUACUGGGAUACAAUUCUUCGUCAAGUUCACAACGGUUGUUGGAUUUGGUGUAGGCGUGGCCCGGCUUGUGAACGACAAUGGAACCUGGAAGUUCUUCUCCCUCUACACAGCACUUCAGGGGCUCACCGGUCACGAAGAGCGAAUCAAUGACAGACGACCGCACGGAGUUGAGCACGGCGCGAAACCAGGCCGGCAGAACUGGGCCCAAAGGAGAGAGAAAGAGAUCCAGUAUCGGGAUGCUGAUCCAGCCGUGUUGAUCAUAGGUGCUGGUCAAUCAGGACUGACAGCAGCGGCCAGACUCAAGAUGAUUGGCGUCGACGCCUUGAUUAUCGAUCAACAUGCCAGCGUCGGCGACAGUUGGAGGAAGCGAUACGAUCAGCUGGUCCUCCACGACCCUGUCUGGUACGACCACAUGCCGUAUCUCCCAUUCCCACCGCAUUGGCCCGUCUUCACGCCAAAGGACAAGCUGGCGCAGUUCUUCGAAGCCUAUGUCAACUUGCUCGAGCUCAAUGUGUGGACUAGCACUACACUUGAGGAGGCUUCUUGGGACGCCGCAAAGGGCAGUUGGUCUGUAAAGGUGGCCCGACGACUGGCAGAUGGCUCGGUAGAGACUCGCACCCUGCAUCCACGACACAUUGUCCAAGCAACAGGCCAUUCUGGCUUCAAGAACGUACCACAAAUCAAGGGACUGGACACAUUCCAAGGGGACCGCAUCUGCCACUCUUCAGAGUUUCCAGGGGCUCGGGAGGAGAGCCGCGGCAAGAAGGCGGUCAUAGUCGGAUCAUGCAACUCGGCCCACGACAUUGCGCAAGACUUUGUCGAAAAGGGCUACGAUGUCACAAUGGUUCAACGCUCGAGCACCUUUGUCACCACCUCCAAAUCCAUCACUGACAUUGUUCUGCGCGCCUACGCAGAGGACGGGCCCCCUGUGGAGGACGUUGAUCUUAUGAUCCAUAGUAACCCCAUGGCUGUGCUAAAGACUCUCCAGAUUUCCGUUGCACGAAGGCAGGCCGAAAACGACCGCGACAUUCUCGAGGGCCUCCAGCGCGCUGGGUUCAAUGUGGACUCUGGGCCAGGCGGAGCUGGCCUCUUCUUUAAGUACUUUCAGAUGGGUGGAGGAUAUUACAUCGACGUUGGGGCCUCUCAGCUCAUCAUCGACGGCAAGAUCAAGAUCAAGUCAGGUCAGGAAGUUGCCGAGAUACUGCCUCAUGGCUUGCGCCUCGCAGAUGGCACUGAACUAGAGGCAGACGAGAUCAUCCUGGCAACAGGGUACGGGAACAUGCGAGAGAAGACACGACAGAUGUUUGGGGACGCGGUUGCAGACAAGACACAGGAUGUCUGGGGGAUCGGCCAGGGGGGUGAGCUUCGCAGUCUGUGGCAGCAGAGUGGACAUCCUGGGUUCUGGUAUCACGGGGGCAAUCUAGCGCUGUGUCGGUACUACUCGAGGGCAUUGGCGUUGCAGAUCAAGGGGAUAGAGGAAGGCUUAUAUCAGUAUGGCGAGAAAUAG